AUGGGUGGAGAGUUCUACUGCUACACCCUCAGGCAUCACCUGCUCAGCCAUACUUUUGUUUCUCCUCUUGAACAUUCUUUGGAAAAUAAUGUGGAGGCCCUCAGGAUUGUCGAUGUCCUGUCCAACCUGAAACCAGCAACUCUCCUAACACUGCGAGGACAGAAUACAGAUAGUGGGAGCAUCUGUCGUGAAGCCUCCUUUGAAGGAAUUAGUCGCUUCCAGGUUAACACCCAGUCAUUGUGGAAUGCCGUCUACUUAAGACCAAUAUGGAGCUGGAGGUCCUGCGCUACACCAACAGAAUUUCCAGUGAAGCCCACAAAAUGCCUGUUCCAGCAUUACUGCUACACUAAAGGAGGGAUGUGCCACUUUGUUCGACAUGGGUGGAGAGUUCUACUGCUACACCUCAGACAUCACCUGCUCAGCCAGUGGGCUAUUCAUGAGGCUGUCCACAAACGAACUGUCUUAGCUGCCAUCAAACCAGGUCCGCAUUGAAGAUGACAUUGCCGUGACAGCAGAUGGCAUAGAGCUGCUGACCUGCGUCCCUCGCACCGUGGAGGAGAUUGAGGCUUACAUGGCUGAGUCUGCAAAACCCUUCAGCCCCAUCGCCAGUGAGAAAUAAUGAAUGACGUCUGAGUAAAGUCUGAGCUAUUUUUAGUGACAGACAUGUUUAAAAAAGGGCAUUUUUAUGAAAAUUAUUUU